UUGACGCAGCACCGAUGUUCACUUCCGUAAACAGACGGUGUUCUUCCUCUUGUGAAGAUGGUGCUCACACACGCGUUUGCUUACUUACAACAUAGACGGACAUUCAUGUUCAAAACAUUUUAAAUCCUUCCCAAAAAGCAGUAACAUUAAUGUUUAACGUUAAUGACGUUAAUAACAACGGAACCAGCUCGUGUUUCGCUCUUCUAGCGUACAGUUAGCUUCACAGUAGCAAAACAAGCCUUAUUUUCCAUGAGAGCAGUGAAAUAUGGAGAUAGAUGGUCGGGACUUUUUGAACAGUCCUCCUAUGAAGACUGUCAGGUUUGGAGGCACUGUUGCUGAAACAUUAGCUAAACACAAACAGGGAGACUCGGGUGACUACGAGCUGUUGAAACACCAGCUGGCUGAUCCUGAGAUAAAGGAUGCCCAGAUCAUCAGCUGGCUACAAGAAUUUCGGAGUUGUGUGACCCAGCUUACCAAAGACCAUGAACAGCUCAUCUACACUGUGUUGAGGCUUCCCUGGGUGGGUCGGAGCCAGCCUGUGGUGGAGGAGUACAUGGCCUUCCUCAGUAACCUGGUGUCAGCACAGACUGUCUACCUGUGUGCCUGCCUCAAGAUGGUGGUCUCCCACUUCACUCCCAAGCGAGUGACCAUCUGUGAAGGAGGAGUCGAUAUCUCUGAUUCGGAUGAUGAAGAUGAGAACCUCCCCAGGAACUUUGACCAGUGUCACCAGGCGUUGCAGCUCAUUACCAAAUAUGUUCCAUCCACAAGUCGCUUUCUGAUGCCCAUUCUGCAAGAGAACUUCCCCUUCAUACAGAAAUCCUCCAGAACACUGGAGUAUUACGUCCACAACCUCCUGAGAGUGACCGUGUACAUUCCGUCCAUUCGACGAGAUGUUCUGGAGCUCAUCAUUGGAAAGACGCUCAAACUGGAUGUGAGUGCAUCCCGCUCAGACAUUGAGGAAGCAGAAGAGAACGCGGUGCAGGACCAGCAGGCAGAGGAGCGCACUGAGGAGGGACUCUUUGACAUGGAUGAAGAUGUGCCAGCAGCUCACCCCUCUAGGACUGUGAUGGCACACCCGGUGGCUGAGAGGCUGGACAGUCUCAUGGCUGUUCUGUUGGCUUACAUCAAGGAUGUCUGCCAUCUCAAUGGCUCUUUUCAUGUGGAAAGGACGAAGGAGCUGUACAGAGAACUGUUGAGUGUGUUUGACAAGCUCAUUCUGCCAACACAUGCUUCCUGUCAUGUCCAGUACACACUCUUUUACCUCUGCAGCUUCAGACUGGCCCUGGCAGAGGCCUUCCUGGAUCACCUGUGGAAGAUCCUGCAGAAUCCCUCUCAGCCUGCUGUCCUCCGCCAGGCUGCUGCAGGAUACAUGGGAAGCUUCCUGGCCCGAGCCAAGUUCGUCCCCGUGCUCACCGUGCGGGCUUGUCUGGACCUGCUGCUCUCGUGGAUCCAUCGCUACAUUGACAGUCAGGACAGCAGCGGCAAACAGGCCUACUGUGACAUCAGCCUGCACGGGCCCUUCUACACAGCCUGCCAGGCCGUCUUCUACACACUCAUCUUUAGACACGGAGCCAUCCUGGGGGGCAACAUGAAGAAAGGUCUGGAGUACCUGCAGAGUCUGAACCUGGAGCGAGUGGUGAUGUGUCAGCUGAACCCCCUCAAAGUCUGCCUGCCGUCAGUCACCAACAUGUUUGCUGCCAUCACCAGGAAGUAUCAGGUGGUGUUCUGCUACACCAUCAUAGAAAAGAACAACCGUCAUGUACUGCCGGUGGUCCGCAGCUCUGGAGGAGGAGACUGUGUGACCACCAACACCAACCCUCUGGACAGCUUCUUUCCCUUCGACCCCUACCUGCUCAAGAGGUCUGGUCAGCUGAUUGAGCCACUGUACCAGGUUUGGGAGGAACUAGCAGACACAGAGCUGCUUGUCACCAAAACAGGCCAGCAGGGCUCGAGGGAGGACGAGGAUGACUUCCUGUGUGGGGAGUCUGCCCAGUCAGAGGGCAUCGUGGGAAUGACACCCAGUUCCUACGACUCCAACCUCCGCAGUCCAAACAGCGUGGGCUCACCCCCCUUUGCCUUCCAGAGACCUUUCUAGCCCCUCAUCAUGGACUGUCCUGCUCUGAUGGACCUACCUGGGGUCCACUGUGAGACCAGAAGCUUGUGAGGAGCAGACGUGGCUCUCACACUCUGUACGGACAUGACCUGAUCAUCCACAUGACAUUUAAUUUAUAAGGACUCAAACACACUGAGACAGUCACACUUCUCUAUUCAUACAAGAGUACUUGUCUUGUGUUAAUGUGUAAAAAAAAAAAAAAGUGCAAAAAUAAUGUCGAAACUGUAAAGAAGGCACCAGUAUCACUGUAAGGAAAUAUUCUGAUGAGGUAUUUUAAGUUAAGUUUGAAAGUCUACAUAUUGUAGAUUGUAGAGUAUUGUAGAGGGGCCUUACUAACUGACAGUUCUGUGCUCAACUCAAAUUAGACCGAGCUUGACAAGUCGUUAUAUUCUAUGGGCAGUAAAAUAUUGUUAUGAUUACUUUCAGAUUUUAUUGGUUCGUAUUUUUUAGGUCUUAAAACAUUACUCAUGUCCAUAUGUACAUUAAAAGCAUCAUUGGUCACUGUAA